CUAACGCAUUCAUUUCUCAUGACUUUUGCUUAAUAAGAGCUGAUCUCUCUUCAGACACAACAACAGCAAUGGGGCUUUGAGAAUUGUCCGAAAAAAGAAAAAAGAAAAAGAAAAAACGUGUUUACCGUGAAAGGAUCUGUCUUCACGACCCGGUUUGAUUCUCUUUUUAAGGAUAAUGGGAAAAGGCGCAAUCAAAGAAGAAGAAAGCGAAAGGAAGAGACAAACAUGGCAAUGGCCGUUGGUGGCUUUGGUCGUUGUCUUAUUAGCAGUUGCUGUCAGCUCUAGGACCGCUUCUAAUGCCGGUUUCUUCUUCACCGAUCGUAACUCUUGCAGCUGCUCACUUCAGGGAAGUGGUAAAUACAAAGGUAUAGUUGAGGACUGUUGCUGUGAUUACGAAACGGUGGACAAUCUCAACAGUGAGGUUUUGAAUCCUUUGCUUCAAGAUCUCGUCGCUACUCCGUUCUUCCGUUACUUCAAGGUCAAACUGUGGUGUGAUUGCCCGUUCUGGCCAGACGAUGGGAUGUGUCGUCUGCGUGAUUGCAGUGUCUGUGAAUGUCCAGAGAACGAGUUCCCUGAGCCGUUUAAAAGGCCAUACAAUAUUGCAGGUCUUCCUUCAGAUAAUCUGAUUUGUCAAGAGGGGAAGCCUCAAGCUGCUGUUGACCGCACUAUAGAUAACAUAGCAUUUAGAGGUUGGGUCGAGACUAAUAACCCAUGGACGCAUGAGGAUGACACAGAUAACGGUGAGAUGAGUUAUGUAAAUCUUCAAUUAAACCCGGAGAGGUAUACUGGUUACACUGGACCAUCUGCUAGAAGGAUUUGGGACUCUAUAUACUCAGAGAACUGCCCAAAAUAUUCAUCUGGAGAGACAUGUCCAGAGAAAAAGGUUUUGUACAAACUGAUAUCAGGUCUUCAUUCUUCAAUCUCCAUGCACAUAGCUGGUGAUUAUCUUCUUGAUGAGUCACGCAACCAGUGGGGGCAGAACAUCGAGCUGAUGUAUGAUCGUAUCCUGAGGCAUCCGGACCGUGUUAGAAACAUGUACUUCACGUACCUCUUUGUGCUACGUGCUGUAACUAAAGCAACAGCGUACUUGGAGCAAGCGGAGUAUGACACAGGGAACCAUGCGGAAGAUCUGAAAACACAGUCCUUGAUUAAACAAUUGUUGUACAGUCCGAAACUCCAAACAGCAUGUCCUGUUCCGUUUGAUGAAGCUAAGCUCUGGCAAGGCCAAGGUGGACCUGAACUCAAACAGCAGAUUCAGAAACAAUUCAGGAACAUAAGUGCACUGAUGGAUUGUGUAGGUUGUGAAAAGUGCCGGCUUUGGGGGAAGCUUCAGGUUCAGGGUUUAGGGACAGCGUUGAAAAUACUUUUCUCUGUUGGGAAUCAAGACAAGGAGGGUGACCAAACGCUGCAACUGCAACGAAAUGAAGUGAUUGCACUGGUGAACCUGCUCAACCGUCUCUCUGAGUCAGUUAAAAUGGUUCACGAAAUGGGACCUGACGUGGAGAGGCUAAUGGAGGAUCAGAUAGCUAAGACUUCAGCUAGACCUGGUAGAUUAAGAAGAGUAUUGGAUCUAGCUUUCUCCUUCUGGUGAACUAAUCAUUUAUUAGGCAUUCAUGCUGUGAAUUGAAUGGAUAGUCAGUCAUCAUUGUAACAAAAUUUAAAAAAAAAAGAAUAUCAUUAUACAAACAGCCAAAAGAUUUUGAUAAAACAGAAUAAGAGUAGAGAUUCUUGAGGUAAAAGUAACCUAUAUAUAUAUAUAUAUAUACUUUAUUAGUAACUCCUGAUGCCCCCAUAAACAUAAAAACAGAGCUUGUAGUCUUUUGUUGGCACAUUUAGACUUCAAGACUCUGUUGCUUCUCUCGAAACCUGGCUUAGUGGUAAUGAUAAUAAUAGCCUCUGUUCUUUGAAUGAAAAGCCAAAUCUUAAAUUCAUUUCGUAUGCUUAAACACACACAAAGAACGCUUAACUCACUAUACAGUAGGAUCCAACUAAAUCCACAAACCACACAGGAGGAUGAUAAUAAAUCAAUCAUCCUCCGUCACUUAUCGGAUAUGGUUUUAAUGUAAAAGAGGUAUGUCUCAUAAAGCGCCGGAAACACACAAACUUAUUUGAUUUAUUAUGAAAGUAAAGACUAGUUCAUAUACAUACGUGCGGGUAUAUUUACAUAAAGCGUUGAAAACACACAAAUUCAUAUGAUUUUUUUUUAUGAAAGUAAAGACGAGUUCACAUAUAUACAUGCGGGUAUUAUAU